ACACACUAAAUCAUCGAAUUGAAGUACAAACUUACACAUUAAAGCUUCUUGUUUCUAGCUACCUUAUUAGCUUCUCCGGCCGGCAGCCUUUUGUAUACAAAGCAUGGAAAUCAGUGGAAAGAUCUACGCUAGAGUCCGGUUAGCCACCCGAUCCGACAUAACCCAUAUUGAUAAGCUUUUUUAUCAAAUCCAUCAAUACCACGAGUUGACUCACCUCUACAAAGUGAGUGAGGAAUCCUUGUCCAACAUGCUCUUCGGAUCAAACCCAAACCCUCCUUUCUACUCCCCAACCAUUCUCCUCCUUGAGGUCUCCUCAUCCGAGUUCCCUACUCCUACACCCGAUAGUUCGGGUUUCGAGCCCAUCGUCAAGUCGUUAGACCUGAAAGCCCCCGUUUCCGAUAAUGAAUGGGAGCAGUUCAGGUCUAACGUUGACGACCACGAGGCUUAUAUAGCUGGGUACGCCUUCUUCUUCCCCAACUACUCCUGCUUCUACGACCGGCCCGGGAUUUUCUUCGAGAGCCUCUACUUUCGAGCGAGCUACCGGAAGUUAGGGUUCGGGCGGCUUCUCUUUUCCACCGUGGCUACCAAUGCUGCCACCAAGGGGUUCUCGUCCGUGGAGGGGAUCGUGGCGGUUUGGAACAAGAAAUCGUACGACUUCUAUGUCGGCAUGGGCGUCGAGAUCAUGGACGAGUUCCGGUACGGGAAGCUCACGGGAGAUGCUCUUCAGGCGUAUGCUAAGGAGAGUGAUUGAUAUAAUUGCAUAUCCUUAGAAACUACUCCGUGGAAUAACAAGUGAAAUAAGUUUUUUUAUAGAAAAAAGAUUGGGGUACACAUUUUUUGUACAAAGUGUGUACCCCUAGCUCCACCCUUUUUUAUAAGGUUUUCUGUUUUGGUUUGAUUUUCGCUUUAGUUAAAUAAAUUAUGGUAGAUUCUAUGAUACUCAUAAGGUACUAUACCUUUGUCCACAUGGACCAGAAUGUUGCAGUUGAAUUAUUUAAUUCUAAAUUAAAAGUGAUAUACCUAUUUGGAC